CACAAAACCCCCUAAAUUAACGUCAUUGCUAAAAUCUAAACAGGUUCAAGGUUAGAUAAGUGUUUCAAGCUGUCAAAAAUUGGUAAAUAAAUAAAUUAAAUAUAUGCCCGGUUGGAGGAAUAGCCAUGAGUGGAAAUGGUUACGGUUAUUAUUACGCCGCAAGUGCCCAAAGUUUCCCAGUGCAGAACCCCAACCAAAGUUGGAGUGAGUGGUCAUUGGAGCAACAGCAAUACAACAACAGCACGAGAAAUGCCGCCCCACAUCCCUUAAAUCACGUCAACAAUCACACAAACGCAUAUGUGGCACCACACAGGUCCCAAAACCACUUAUACAACGCAAACAACAGGCACUACCAACAGAGAAGGUACACAAACCCAAAUCAGACAUUUCCCAGUCAACAACAGCCAUGGCAAAGAAAUAAUUACAAAAGACCGAGACCACAAGAUUCUCCAAAUGACCCCGAACCGAAGAGCAAAACGGGCAAAAAGAAGAAGAAACCGCUGUCGCAAAACGUGCCAAGUAAAAAGGACUGGACGCUGGAGGAGGCAGAAAUGGCACUGAACGUGGAAAAAGAGUACAACAAAAGAUACAAAAACCACUCACUUAUUAUCAAAUUCCCCGAUCAGGAGUUAAACAGGGACAUCGUCUCCAAAUUCCACCCAAGCAUCGAAAACGUGCAUUUCCAGCAGCCCUCGACCCCCAGAUUCUGCUUCGUCACCCUUCAGGAAUCUGCCGACGCAGAAUCUGUUAUAAGUGCUUUAAACAAGAUAAAAUUCGGCGAAGGCCAUUUAACCGCUGAGUACAAGAAGGACCGGGAAGAGGACCAAAACAUAGGCCCUGAAGACAUAGACCCUUGUACUCUGUACGUUGGCAACCUUGCUCAAGAAAUAACAAAGGAAGAUAUGGUCAAAACCUAUCCCACAAGCCGGCGGAUCGACAUUGGCUAUGCGAAAAAAAUGAAAUACACGCGAUACGCCUUUGUCUCGUUUAAAAACGUGAGUGAGUCAAUCGACGCCUUCAAGAAAACGCACAGCACACAAAUGUACUCCAAAAGUCUGAUCGUGCGAUUUCGACGAUUGCACGGAACUGUGGGAAUGCCUGGGGAGUCCAAGCCCCAGAGCCCCGCCAAAAAAACGGACUCGAACAACCAACAGGAACAAACCAGUGAAAGACCUGAAAGUACGACGAGUUGUGAGGUGCAUGAGCAAAACAGCACUGUUGUAAAUGACUCGCUACACUCUGAAGUUGAUUUGAGUGUAGUUAAGCAGGAAGUUAAUAGUUCCGAUGAUGAAAUUACAGUGAACAAAACGUCGAAAAAUUACGAGUCGCCUUACAUGGUCGGCUCAAUUGAUGUGGCGUUUGAACAGCAUAGACCAAUGAUUAAGAAAGAAAUUAAGCGGGAAACUGAAGAUGAUGACUUGUCAUUUGUACAAAAUUCGUCAGGGACGCAAGCUAAUGGCUCAAUAGUUCAAAUAAAACCAGAAAAAGAAAAUCACCCGACGGUGAAACGUGAGCGUGACGAGGACGAUGAGUCAUCGGAUGAUGAUUACGGUGGCAGGAUAAGCGAUGUGAAUUUUAGCAGUCUGUUAAACCAGCUAGAAGACCAUUCCAAUCAGAUAGAAUCUCUGAGAAAGUCUGUUCCUUAACUUUUAUUUAUUUAACCUUACCUCUAUGUAAUGUUUAUACGUAUUGCGUUGCGGUUAAACCAUAAGUUAAUAAAAAUGAAUUAAUUCAAA